AUGUCGAAUCUGCCAAAAUCUAUGACAACACAAGAAUUGACCAAAAAUGCAAACAUUUCUUUCAUGAUUGAGACAAAGGGUUGUCGUAUUGAAGAGUUGCCUCUGUUUAACGAUGAAGUGAUGGACUUUUAUAUGAAUACAACACUCAUUCAAAAUAGCGAUGGAAUGACAAUACGGAUGAAUUGGACCAAAUCUGGCUGCAAACCUAUUUGUUACUAUUCUCCCCUCAAAUGGUCGCAUGAGUUGGAUCACCAAUUCGAGCUCACCAAUGUUCGUAUAAAAUGGAUACAGAAUUGA